GACGUCACUUCCCUCAGGGAAACAUAAUUUGUCUUGCUGCAAGUUUUCUCAACUGUAUUGCAUCUAUAAUAUUCUAUUCAUCAACAUGUCAAAGAUAGACAAGAUGAGCAUCCUUGGGGUGAGGAGCUUUGGGAUUGAGGAUAAAGACAAGCAAGUCAUCACUUUCUUCAGUCCUCUUACAGUGCUGGUUGGACCCAAUGGAGCUGGGAAAACGACUAUUAUUGAGUGCUUGAAGUAUUCAACAUCAGGUGAACUUCCCCCUGGAUCUAAAGGAGGUGCUUUUGUUCACGAUCCAAAGGAUGCCCAUGAGACAGAUGUGCGAGCACAGAUUCGGCUGUUAUUCACAGAUGUCAAUGGAGAGAAAAUAACGAUUCAGCGAUCCAUGUCUUGCACUCAGAAGGCAAAGAACUACUCCUUCAAAACCUUAGAGCAGGUCAUCACCAGGUUAAAAGACGGUCAGAGAGUGAGCUUGUCAUCAAAGUGUGGUGAGCUGGACCGGGAGAUGAUCUCUGCACUCGGAGUGUCUAAGUCAGUUCUAAAUCAUGUCAUCUUCUGUCACCAAGAAGAGUCCAACUGGCCACUUAGUGAGGGAAAAGCCCUCAAAGACAAGUUUGAUUCAAUCUUUGCUACAACCAAUGGAGUAUUGGCAUUGUUCUUUAUUCUCAGCAAGGACCUGGCAUCAAAUGAACAGAACAAGAGCCACAUUGCUGCUGAGCUACGUAAGAAGGAGCAGCAGUUAGCCAGUGAUGAAGAGAAGUUCUUCAGUGUUUGUGGCAGUCAGGAUUUGGAACAAGAUUUGGGGAAAUUGCAGGAAGACCUGGACAAGAUAUCAAAACAAAGAGCCAUGCUAGCUGGGGCCACAGCAGUGUACACUCAGUUCAUCAGCCAGCUGACAGAAGAGACAGAGCCCUGCUGCCCUGUCUGCCAGAGAACGUUCCCCUCAGAGCCUGACCUACAGGAAGUAAUCAACGACAUGCAGUCUAAAUUACGCUUGGUGCCAGACAAGCUGAAAAGUGCUGAGCAGGAUCUGAGGAGGAAAGAGAGGAAGAAAGAUGAGAUGAUGGCACUCCGACCUGUCAGGCAGUCAAUAGUUCAGUUUCAGGAAAAGGAGCUUCCUGAGCUGAGAAACCGGCUGCAGAGUGUCAACAGAGACAUUGAAAGACUGAAGAACGAUGUGGAGGAGCAGGACACUCUGCUGUCUACGUUGAUUUCUGAGGAGGAAACGGCCAAGACCUGUCUGCAGGACAUAUCACUCAUGGACAGAUACCUGAUGGACCUUAAAGAACUGGAGAGGAAAAUAGUUCAGCAGGCAGCUAAACUCCAGGGAGUAGACUUGAACAAAACCAUCCAGCAAGUCAACCAAGAGAAACAAGAGACUCAGCACAGGAUAGACACCACAUCUAGCAAGAUGGAGCUGAAGCGCAAACUCAUCCAGGACCAACAGGAUCAGAUCCAAAUCCUGAAGAGUGCAGUGAAUGAGACCAAGGCAGAGAAACUGCAGCUGAGCAGUGACAUGCAGAAGCAGCAGCAACUGGAGGAGCAGUGUGUCGAGUUCACCACAGAGAUACAGGCCCUGACCAGAGACAUCAGGGAGGCAAAGGAACAACUUUCCCCUUUAUCUGCUGCUCUGGAGAAGCUGCAGAAGGAGAAACAGGAGCUGGUGGAGCGCAGGAGACAAAGGCAGGAAGAAGGCCAAGAGAAGAUCAAUGCCAUUAAAGAGAGAGUGAAGACCAUCACAACCCUCGAAAGAGAUAUCACCAAGUACAUCGAUGAGGGCAAGGAGGAAUACAAAGAGCGAAAAGAGUCUGAGCUUCAAGAAACCAACACCCAGCUCCACGAAGCUGAGAAGCACAAAGAGAAGAUUAACAAGGAGAUAGGGAACAUCCGUCAGGACAUAGACACUCAGAAGGUCCAAGAACGCUGGUUGCAGGAUAACUUGACCUUAAGGAAGCGUGUUGAGGAGUUGAAGGAAGUAGUAGCUAAACGUGAAGCUCUACUCAAAGAUAUGGGCAACAUGCAAGUCUUACAACUACGCCAAGAGCGACGUGAAGUGGAGCGUAAAUUGGAGGACUUGAAGAAGGACCGCAGUAUUGCUCUUGGUCGUCAGAAAGGCUUUGAGGAGGAGAUUCUCCAAAAGAGAAAAGAACUCAGAGAAGACCAGUAUGACAAAGCUGAUGAGCGCUACAAAAACAAGAUGAUCAUCAUGAGGACCACAGAGCUUGUCAGUAAAGACCUGGACCUCUACUACAAAGCUCUUGAUCAGAGCAUCAUGAAAUUCCACAGCAUGAAGAUGGAUGAGAUCAACAAGAUUAUCAGAGACCUGUGGCGCACCACCUACAGGGGUCAAGACAUUGAGUAUGUGGAAAUUAGAUCUGAUGUGGAUGAGAACUCAUCUGCUGGAGUGAGGCGGAGGACUUACAACUACAGAGUGGUUAUGGUGAAAGGAGACACAGCUUUGGAUAUGAGAGGGCGCUGUAGUGCUGGUCAGAAGGUGCUGGCAUCCUUGAUCAUCCGUCUCGCUCUCGCAGAGACCUUUUGUCUUAACUGUGGGAUUCUGGCCCUGGAUGAACCCACCACCAAUUUGGACCGGGAGAACAUAGAGUCGCUGGCACAUGCCCUUGUCGAAAUCAUUAAGAGUCGCUCUCGCCAGCGUAACUUCCAGCUGCUGGUCAUCACUCACGAUGAGGACUUUGUGGAGCUACUCGGCCGAUCCAGCUACAUUGAACAUUUCUACCGCAUCCGUAAGAACCUGGAUCAGAACUCUGAGAUCACAAAGUGCAGCAUUAACUCGCUGUCCACGUAUCUACACUGAGCAGACACCAACAGUGUCAUUGACCAAGGGGAACAAUCCAUAUCCCUUCAUCUUCUACUUUUUUGCAUUUGGGCAGAGUUUACGCUCACUCAGUUUGGUUAAAAAAAAACUUUGCAACAUCACUAAAAAUUCUAAAAUUCUAUUUAUCUCUCUUAGAUUGGUUUGUUUAGCAAAGUGUAUGUAACUUUAAUUGUAAUCACUUAACUAUGAGAAUAGAAAGGCUGAUGUUGUUGUGAUUGUGUCUUUCCUGUAAUCCCAGGAUUCCCUGUUCCCAAUAUGGGCCUUAAAGGGAACAUAAAAGGUCCAGUGUUCCCCAUUUAAGGUUGGUUAAAUUUGAUGUGAACACAAUAGGAGAUGUUUUUUUGGUGUAUUAAGAGAAUACUGAAGUGGUGAUCAUACAGUAGGACCCUGGGAACAUACAGUUGCAAACAUAAUUUUACAGACACCUUUGUGAAAAUAAUCUGUUUGCCUGAAGUGCACAUAUUGUUUUAUCAGACAGUAUGUGUUAAGUCAGUUGUAAUGUUUAUUUUAUUUCCAUGUAAAGUUAUUUAAAAACAAUAGUUCCAAGGUUGAAUUAUUUUAGUUUCUCUUCAUUAUCAGCUUUUCUGUUAGUCCAAGGUCUCCUUACCACAAGAAUGCCUCUAUAUAUCAUGGAAGGUUCCAUAAAAUGGAGGAAUUGCUAAUUAAAAAAAAAAAUCAGAAUAUUUAAUUGGCACAAUUUGGGGUUAUUUGAAGGAAUGUUUGGCUCCAUUUAAGAGACUUCCUGAAGAACCAGUGGCUUCUUGCUGUUAAGAGCAAGGGAAUCUAAAGAAUUUAGCUAUGGAUUCGAAAUCUAAACUAUUGGAUUUCCAGAAGUCCGAUUCCUUCUUAGGAGUCACCACAAAAAGAUUUGUAGUACCACGUGCAACUGUAGACUCUGUAAUACUAAGACGAAUGAGUAGACGUCAUAUCCAUAAGAAGGCCCAAAUUAGCACUCAGGAAUCAGUGUUUUUCACAAAGGUGUAACUAAACUUAUGUCUGAAAGUUUAGGCCAAACUAAAUUGUCU